AUGCGCGACGCCGUCAUCAAUCUUGUGCACUUCCGCGGCCAUCAAUGCCUGCGCUAUCUGCCUAGCGGAGUACGCAACGAUCUAGCUGGCGUGCGGUUGGUGAGCAUGUCCAGGCUCACGACCCGACCGACCGGGCUGGACACCCCGCUGUCCGCCCAUGGGGACGGCAGGGCCAGGCCCAAGCCCACUCCCGGGCCCGCCGAGACGAAAAAAAAGGGAGGGAGCGAGCGCACUGCGCGCCGCCUGGCCAUUUCGCACCACGCUUCCCUCGCCUCGUCCGAUUUCGAAAAGAGUUUCGUCCCCAAUUUCCUUUCACUCGGAUUUCACCGAGCCAGCGAGAGCCCCCCCGCCGAGGCCCGGCGAGAGACGGCCGCCGAGAUGCCGGGGAGGUGGCGGGUCUGGGGCCAGCCUGACGGCCGCCUCGUCUGGAUCCCCGCCCCCGAGCCCGACGCGCCGCCGCCGCCCGCCGCGGCUCCGCCUCCCCUGCCGCCGGGGCGCGGUGCGGGGCUGGCCGCCGCUUCAUCCGAGGACGCGCUGGCCAAAGGCCGGGGCGCUGCCGACGGGUGCCGCCUCGAGUCCAUGGCCGACCUCUUCGUGCAAGCGCGGAACACGCUGCUCGAAGGUGAUGGGAUGUCCGGAGCAACUGUCGAUGCAGGAGAGGGUCAGCUGUUCUGCACUGGAUCGGGGAGGUCAGUGUCUGUCAGCGAGAGGGCUAUAAGGAGGGCCAGGGCGUUGGUCGGGGAGGGGGUGGAGAAGGCUGGUAACAAGAGAAAGCAACCUUUUGACGACGUACCUGGUGCAGAGGGCGAAUCGAGAGAAAUGGACGCCCCAUUUAGAGGUGGAGUGCAUAACACUACCGUGCCCCCAGUGUUCCAAACUGGAUCCGGAAAAGCGGUUUUGCUGGGCAAGGACUCGAUCCAGAAGGCAAGAGCUAUUUUAGGAGAGCAACCGUUUGACCAUGUACCUGAUGCAGAGGGCAAAUUGAGUGAAAUGGACGCCCCAUUUAGAGGUGGAGUGUAUAACACUACCAUGCCCCCAGUGUUCCAAACUGGAUCAGGAAAAGCGGUCUUACUGGGCAAGGACUCAAUCCAGAAGGCAAGAGUUCUUUUAGAAGAUGUUGAUAGUGCUGCUGGUGCCGUACAACCAAUGUUCCGUACUGGAAUGGGUAGGCCGGUUCCUGUGAGCCGGACCUCUAUUGAUAAGGCAAGAGCUGUUUUGGAGGGACAAACAGUUGCAGAAAAAGGUGUGGACGGCAUGGAACAGUUUCCAUUGUUCCAAACUGGUUCAGGAAGAGUUGUCUCAGUCAGUGCGGCAUCUGUUCAGAAAGCUAAGUCUGUUUUGAAGGAUAAUAAUACAAGCGAGGGAAGACCAGCCAUGAUCAGCGAAAGAUCCAUUGAGAGAUCUAGAGCUGUGGCGAAUGAGGGAGAUGCGGAAAAGAGCGGACACUGGGAUACUGAUUGCCAGUUCCCAAUGUUCCAAACAGGAUUAGGGAAGCCUGUUGCUGUGAGCUGGAGCUCAGUUCAGAAGGCAAAGUCAGUAUUGGAGGAAGAAAAAAAUAAAACAACUGGACGUGGAGAAAGCAGUGAUUGUGCCACAACUCUUCAGACUGAAACACCAACGUCUGUUUUGAUGAGUAGCAGUUUGAUCAUGAAUAGUAGAAGUGUUACACCGAAGGAAGAUAGUGCAAUGCAAGUCACUCGAACAGAGAAAAAUCACAAGGAUGAUGACCACGUGCCAUUGUUUCAAACUGGACUAGGGAGGUCAAUUGCUAUAAGUAAGAGCUCACUUAAGAGGGCAUCUGCAGUUCUGGAGCCAAGGAAUAUUGCAAAGGAAUUGGAAGAUGAAGCUCAUUUAGAUGGUGCCCAUGACACUCCAGUGUUCAGAACUGGAUUAGGAAGGUCUAUCUUAGCAAGUGAGAACUCUAGAAAGGAAUUGCCUAUCUUAGAGGCUGAAGAAGCAGUAAAAAGUGUAAACAAUUACAACGGGGAAACCUUUGUUGAAGAGGCAACGUUCCAAGCUGGAAUACAAAAGUUUGUACCCCAAAAUAGAAUUUCAAGCCAUAAGGCCAGUAUGCUUUUGGAGCAACGAAACUUCAUGGAGAAAGGAUACCAAGACUCUGGAAGUCAACUGCCAAUGUUUCGAACCGGAUCUGGAAAGUCGGUCUUGAUUAGUGAAAGCUCAGUACAGAAAGCAAGGGCUGUUCUGGAGGAACAAGGCAUAAACAAAGAUAAUCAUAAGCUCCUUAACAUGGACAAAAAAAUUCCUGUGUUUGCGUCACCUCUCAAGACAAGCUGUGCAAGAACAGUAAAUAUAUCUUCAGUUGGCGUGUCUCGAGCUGCUACUUUGUUGGGCUUGGAGGGGAAUACCCUAUCGACACAAUUUUUUGGACAUGUGGGGGAUAAGCUGGGCACAAAAAUAAAUUUUGAGCAGGAAAAUCCAGAACAGAGGCUUGGUCUUGCAUCUUAUCCAACAGAAAACCAAGUGCACAAGGAACCACACCGGCCAUUUGAGCUUUCUAAUAACACAGUUUCUGAUUCUGGUGAGCAUUCUAUCAGAUUCAGUACCGCCGGAGGCAGAUCAAUGGCUAUUUCUAGUGAUGCACUUGAACGCGCAAAAAGCCUUCUGGGUGAAUCAGAUCUCGUGGUUUCAACAAAUAAUUUAGUAAGCUACCCUUUGGGAUCUGCUUGUAAUGAUAAGAUGCAAAAUUCAACUGUUGCGCCAAAAGAAGGCGGAUCUGAUUUAUCAAAAAGAAGAAGGGUCAGUGGAAGAACCGAACUUGCAACAUUUUCCCACCAGGCAAUGUCUGAUAGGAAGGACACUGGAUCCUUGGGAAAUGCUGUAUCUGAUAUCCAUCCGACUAGUGAAAACACCAAUAGGUUUCAUGUUGGGAGUUGUUCAACCAGUGAAAUUCCAAAGAUCGUGAAACCUUCUUCCAGGUGUUUAUCUGAAACUGACAACACAAAUGACACUAAAGAUAAGACCCGACAACUCCAUAUGCCAGCUGGAGCGUUGGUUGACAUCAGUAACUUCAUGGGUUCAUAUUCUGGAAAUAUUGACCAUGUUGUUAAUGAGAAGAGAAGAAUUGGGGGAAGAAACUCCGCAUCUUCCUUUAAACGGCCCCGCUCUUCCAGGUUCAUCACGCCUAUAAGCACCAACAGACAGUCCUCUGCUGGAGUACCCAAACUACCACCAACUCAGAUCACUUCCUGUCGAACAAAGCUGUCUGCAUAUUAUCCUUUUCAACAUAAAAGGAAAACUUGGAAAGAGUAUUUCGGUGGUCCUCCCUGCUUCAAUUGUUUGGCGGAACAUAUAAUAGAUGAAGUGAAGCUCAUGGAUGCAAAAGGAGCUGAGAAGUACAAGUUUCACAAUAUGAAUACUGGUGCAGAAGAAUUUCAGAAGUUGCUGAUUGCCUGUGGGGCUUCAUUGACAUAUGCAACUAAAGAAUGGGUGAACAAUCACUAUAAAUGGAUCGUAUGGAAACUUGCUUCACUUGAGAGAUGCUAUCCAACUAAAGCUGCUGGCAAAUUCUUGACAGUUGCUAAUGUUUUAGACGAGCUGAAGUACAGGUAUGACAGAGAAGUGAACAAUGGCCAUCGAUCAGCCAUAAAGAAAAUUUUAGAAGGAAAUGCUUUGCCAUCUUUGAUGAUGGUGCUGUGCAUUUCAGCUAUUUAUUCCCAUCCUGAUGUAAAUAAGUUAGAGGCUGUCGGGACAGAUGGAAAUGAAAACAGUAUCGAAAAUAAAAGUUUGUUAGCUGCUAAAAGAAACAUGCCUGCACACAUUGAAUUAACUGAUGGAUGGUACGUGGUUGCAUCAUCCUUAUUGUCAUCAGAUGAAACUGAGAGAUAUCAGCAGUUCUCAGUGUCUGCCUUUUCACAGAUAUGGGGAGCUUCUUUGUGUGGUUGGACUGGGCCUGUGUCAUUUCAUGAGGCAUCUGGCACCGUCAAAUUGAUGGUCCAUGUGAAUGGCAGUUAUCGUGCAAGAUGGGAUGAUCCUUUGGGAUUCUGCAAGCAUGUUGGACCCCCACUGGCAUUCAAGUGCAUAAAAGCUUCUGGUGGCCGAGUCCCUAGGACACUGGUAGGAGUUGCAAGAAUAUAUCCUGUUUUGUACAAGGAGAGGUUGCCUGAUGGUAGUUCUAUUGUGAGAUCUGAAAGGAUGGAAAGAAAGGCGCUACAACUGUAUCACCAGAGAGUAUCUAAGAUCGCAGAAGACAUUAUGUCUGAACAAGAUGAAAACUGUGCCAGCACUGAUGACAGCGAGGAAGGGGCGAAAAUUUGCAAAAUGUUAGAGCAGGCGGCUGAGCCUGAAGUUAUGAUGGCUGGCUUGACCUCAGAGCAGAUGAUAUCUUUCUCAUCUUAUCAAGCAAAGCAAAAGGAAGCUAGGCAAAACGAAGUAGCUAAGAAGGUGGAAAGUGCUCUGGAAGUUGCUGGCCUUAGUUCAAGAGAUGUUACGCCAUUUUUGAAAGUGAGGGUGACGAGCCUUGCUCACAAAAUCUCUGCUACAAAUACCAUCAAAAAGGAAGGGCUAAUAACAAUUUGGAACCCUACUGAGAAGCAGAAAGCUGACCUGGUGGAGGGACAAGUCUACAUCGCCACAGGAUUGCUGCCUUCUGCCCACUGUACGAAUAUUCUUUACUUGCAUGCUAGAGGAUCAUCUACAAUGUGGAAGCCAUUAGCAUCGGCACAGGCUGCAGAUUUUCAACCAUUUUUUACCCCACGUAAGGCGGUUGAGCUGUCAUUGAUUGGUGAGGUACCACUUGCAAGUGAAUUUGACAUUGCAGGUGUUGUUUUGCAUGUCGGCGAUGUUUACUUAUGCAGCAACCAGAAAAGGCAGUGGCUCUUUUUGACAGAUGGAUCUAAAUUUAUCUCGGCAUCGCAGUCCACAGAGCAAGAUGAUUGUCUUCUAGCAGUUAGCUUUUCUUGCUCAUCUGCCAGCGAUGAUGGUGCCUUUUUCAGUUAUGCCCUUUCUGGAAAUACAGUUGGUUUCAGUAACUUGGUCAAGCGACAGAAGGACCAGACAAGGCGCAUAUGGGUAGCCGAGGCAACACAGAGCUCUACAUACACUCUUUCCCAUGAGAUAUCAAAAAAAUCGCAUCUUAAGGAAGCUGCAGCAUGUGCUGAGAAAUGGGCUCCAAGUUCUUUUGAUGUAAGUUUCUUCAGAUUAGAGAUCACAUUCAUUUUUGAGAUUUUCUGA